AACUGGGUUGGUAUGGUUUGCCCAGCUGCCGUAGCUUUAGCCAGUAAAAUGGCCUCAAACUCAAAGAGAGUCGUAGCCCUUUCCGGAAAAAUUUUCAUAACAUGGAACUGAUAAUCGGAUAUAAACCGGGUUGACGAUCGACAACUUUUGUACAAAAUAUUACAUGUACACGUAUUUUAUCAACCCAGCAAGAGGGCUAACUAGCUUGGUAAGCUAGCUCCACAUCGAGUACAGCAGUUUGCGCUACCCGGAAAUAUAUCCAUGGCCGGAAAGGACCUAUGUUAAGUGAGCACACGUCACUCACUUUUACCCCAAAAUUAUCACGGACCGUCCAAAACAUUUUAGCCGGCAAAAACAUAACCAACUCACCACUGUAAAAUAGGAUUGUUUCUGUCAAAUGGCUAGGAAACGACUGCAGCCUAAAAUACUCCUAAUUUCGGGGGAGAAUGGUGCCAGCGUUCACUCUGCUCAGCAUCAGUGAAAAUGGCUCCGGCUAACGAGUGGAAAACAGCACGCAGAAAUGGAAGCGAAUGGUAGCUGGCUAGAUGGUUGGAAGGCGUGACAGGCCCCAUCCAUCUGGCUGUGAUCUCGAACUGGACGUUUAGGAUUGGCCGACUACAUUAAUGUGAGAGGCAAUCCAAAAAUGCGAUUGUGAAACUAGAUUUAUCUCCCUCCUCCACUUGCAGGAGAAUCCCCAGCCCAUUGUGACUGAUUGACAUCUGUCAAAAAAGAUUGAAGAUCUGCUGCCGCAGUUUUCAUGCCACAAAUAUUGUAGAUAGCCUGUGUGUUCAUUAGAAGUUAGAGGGCGACAGUAUAUUUUCUUCAUAGAACUGAGUGGUGGAAGUUUCCUUGGAAGGAUGAGAAGAAAUGGAUGAGAACGAACCACCUGGUAAAGACAACAGAACUGUUAGCUGAGGGGCGACCAAAUAAAGAUAUUUUGUGCCAUAAACCACCAACAUAACCGAACACUACAAAGCAGCCUAAACCUUCCCUUUACUACCCCACCAGACUAUGAAAGACUGUUAUUUAGUGUGAACGACUAAUAUUUGAUACCAACAGGCACCAAGCAACGAACAUAACGAUGAAACAGGACGUUUUUUAUCCCUAUUGAAAAGAACUCGGAGGGGGCGGUUGGCCUCCAGAAGAGGGACUUUUAUUUUGAAAAAACACACAUUUUCUCAUACACUUGCCCCCUCUCCUCUUGGAUGGAGAGUGGGGGCAGUGGGCGGUCGGGAGGAAGCAGCAGCAGCAGCAGAAGCGCACGAUCUGGGGGGACCAACAGCAGCGUUAUCGGGAGAAGUUCGGAUUCGGGUCGAGGCGACUCCGGCGGCUCCAGAGGAAGCGGCGGCAUCACUUCCUCUCUCGGCCGAAGCGCGUCCGUCAGCAGCGGCGGGAUCAUUGUCGCCGCCCCUGGCGCCGGAGGUGUGGCACCAGCACCCCCGUGUGCCAGCGAGUGGGAGAUGUUCCAAUUCGGAAAAUACAAUCUAGACAUUAUAGAGAUGUUAAGUGGACACCAGGCCCAUCAGUUCAAAGGCCUCGGUUUAGAGCGUCAGUUACAGCAUCAGCAGCAAGUGCAGCUUCACCAGCACCAGCUACAACAGCAGCAACAGCAGCAGGCUGAGUCCUCCGGAGCCCUCCUCUCUGGGCUCGGCCUGGGGCCCCUCCAGGGGUCGAGAAGCAACGCCUUUUCAGAUUCCGCCUCCAUUUUUGCCAAGAUGAGUGCCCCCCCUCCCCCACCCCUCCAGCAACAGCCCUCCUCUUCUCAGAGCUCGCGCUCCAAGUCCAGUAAGAUGAGCAGCAGCAGCAGCUCAAGCCACGUUCCAGGCUACCCACAAUUCCUUCGCUCCUUCCACCCCAGUGACGCUGCCCUUGCACAGGAGCAGCUGCACCCGGGGGUCGGACGAUUCGAGCACUUUGCCGGAGGGAGCAGCAGUGGGGGGAGUGCCGGAGGGCUGGGAGGACUCGUCACGUCUGCCCCCCCUCCGCCCCCACCUCUGCAUCCUGGCCUUUCUGUCCCACAAGCCUCCCCUGGUCCUUCCUCUUCUUCCCCUUCCCCCUCCAGCUCCGUGGCAGCCUCUAAUAACCCUCCGAGCAGUGCAGUCACCUCCCUGGGACACCAGCUGGUCGGAGCCCAGUCUGAUGCGCGAAGCCUUCACCAGCAGUUCAGCUGCAUGCUAGCUGCUAAUCAGUACUUCCUCUCUGGGGUGCCUGCUAAUUCUAGCUUAGAGCAGUUCCUUGUACAGCAGGGAACCCACAACCACCUGGGGAUUGGUUUAGGUCAGGCAGGUGGGGAGUCUAGCUCGGGCCUUGCUCCCCCUCCCGCUUUGCAUUCCUCUCACUCGCAUGGCCACUCCACGCCUCAGCAGCAACAGCAGCCCCCACAGCAACAGCAGUUACCACCCCACACCCUAUCUCACCCACACUCCCACUCUCACCCUCACCACCCCCUCCACCCUGGCUCACAACCCUCUUUGGGUGGCUUUGACUUCCAGGGAAUCCCCGUACUGUCGUCCAAUCAGAUAGCUUCUUUGAUGCAACAGGAAACAGGUCUGCCCCUCCCUCUGCCGCUGCAUCUGUCCCUGUCCAAGGAUGACGGCAAAGGGGACAGCAGCGGAGGAGGAAGCAGUAGUAGUAGGAGGAAGAAAGCGAUGGCUGGCUAUCUGCCUCAGAGGAAAUCUGACAGUGGCAAUAACAGCAGCAGCAGCCAUGGUCACAGCAGCCAUAGCGGCAACGCCAACGCUAGCAGUAGCGCAGGAGGGCUUAGCCACGAUCAGUCCCAAGGGAUGAUAGGCAGUGGGGUUGUCAUGACGGGUAUGGGGGGUGACCCAUCUUCCCUCCUCAACUCCUCAUCUUCUUCAUCCUCAUCAGUUGUGUCGUCAUCUUCCUCCUCUGCCCCCGCCUCAGCUGCAGCCUCGGUGUUAGUAACUAACGGUGCUCACCUUUCUAAACCUGAUAACCAGGGCACAAUGCCACCUGCGUCCUCACAGCCUGAUCCAGAGGCCCUCUAUCACUGUGGAGAGUGUGGGAAAACGUUCACUCACCUCUCCAGCCUUCGCAGGCAUCUGCGUAUGCAUGAGUCAACUGCAGCAGGUACUAGCAAUAACGCCAACAUUGCCCCAAACCCAACUCAUAUCAAAACCCAAUCUGACCCAAGCCUCCCCCAUUCCACCCAGGAUAACUCUCAGUCCUCUUCCAAUUCAGCCCAAGCAUCAUCCUCCUGCCCCAGCCCUGACAAGACCUUCCACUGCUCCGAUUGUGGAAAAGGCUUCAAGAAAAAAGGGCACCUCCUCCAACAUGGCGUCAUCCAUUCUGAAGCUCGACCGUAUGGCUGUUCCAUCUGUUCCCGGGCGUUCAACCGCAGAGAGUCACUCACACGCCACGAGAAGAUUCAUGAGGAGAAGCCCUUCCGAUGCCCAGCCUGCGGCCGCUGCUUCCGUGAGAGCACAUCCCUUCUCAACCAUGCCGCCUCUGGGACAUGCGGCAAGCCAGGCUACCAUGACGACCACCGCUCUCAAGGUAACCCAUCUCCAUGUUACUCUGGAGAAUCCCCUUGUGGGAGUGGGAUGGCGGGCCCGGCGCUGAGGAAGGCGCCAUUGGCCCCUACGCUGCACCCUCACCCUCAGAAUCAAAACCAACCACACCACCAUCAGCAGCAACAGCAGCAGCCCCAUCUGCCCCUGUCCUCCCUCCUCGACGACUCGGAGGACGACGUCACUAGCUCUGUCAACAAUGCCAUCUCCGCCAUAGCAGCAGCUGCGGCCAACUGUGAUCUCAACAACAGUGGGAACCGUGGGGACGAUAGAAGGGAUAUCAUCGGGGGCUUACUGGGGGGGCUGGGCCUCGGCCCCCUGGGGUCCCCCUCCUCCACUUCCGGAAUGGAUAAGAACUAUAGGGGAGGGGGGAAUCAGGAGGGAAUGAGUGGUAACAUGACCCAUAACCAAGGUAAUAAUCCACAAAACCCUGCUGUCAAACCAAAACGACCCAGAAAGCCCAGGGCCAAGAAAGAGCCAGGUACUGAUGGACUGCCCCCCAAGCGGAGACAGUACACCCCCAGAGCCCCGGGGCCUGGCGGCAUCCCACGCCCGUAUCUGUGCAGUGUCUGCGGCCGAGGGUUCGCACGCCGCGAAACCCUCCGCCGACACGACCGCAUCCACACGGGGGAGAAGCCCCAUCACUGCACCGUCUGCGGGAAGUACUUCAGAGAGGCCUUCCAUCUCAGCAAGCAUCAAACUGUCCACUCCGGAGCCAAGAACUACAAGUGCAGCCUUUGUGGGAAAGAAUUCGGCUACUCGCAGAGUCUCAAGAGGCAUGGGAAGCUUCACCAGAAGGGGGAACUGGAGGAGGUACCCACUACACCAGGUGGGGAGAACCUUAACAGCUUUAACACAAAUCCUGCAUGUGGCAUGAGCCAAGACAGGAAUCAGAACCAAGGUAACACAUCCUCCUAUUACUCAUAUCCCCAGGAUGUCAAGCCUCAAGGCUCCAACACCCAGCCCCCACCCAGGCUCUACACCUGCGCGAUAUGCUGGAAGUCUUUCCGCCAUCACUUCCACCUGACCGCCCAUCACCAGACGGUCCAUGAGAGCGGAGGAGAGAAGCUGUUCUGCUGUGAGGUGUGUGGGAAGGCGUUUGCCUACUCCAACAGCCUCACUCGACACCGGCUCUCUCAGCACGGGCUGACACGCUCUGUCCAGUCCGGCGCGCAGGAGGUUGGCAGUGGGGGGAAUAGCGUUGGUGGUGGUGGUGGCGGCGUCGGCGUCGGAGGGUCUGGUUCAGAAAGUGAAGCUGCCACUAACGCUCUGCUGCAGAUGGCUCCUUCCACCGAGGGCCACGGAGGACAGCAGAGUCACAGCGUCGUCACCCACGGUCACCCCCAGCCUCAGCCGCCAGCUGGCUACUCCCCCCUGUUCUACGAUGCGGCUGCAGCUCAUUCCUCCACCUCCAACGUCCCUCCUUACUCCCAGCCUCUGCCCCCAAACUCCACAAUAAUGCCCCCCCAUCACCAGCAUUCCCCAGCAGGCGUGAAAGGGGAGCACAUUUACCCAGCAGGACCCAGCAGUCACACCCUGCACACCACAGCUCCAUUCCAGCCCCUCACCGAGCUGCCAUCCACUGAACAUCAUCACCUUCAUCAUCACCAUCAUUCACACCACCAUCUCCACCACCAAUCAGACCCUCAGUCUUGUCACCACAGCCACCAGGGCAUCCAAUCACAAAACGAAGUAAGGAGGCACAAGAAGAAGAAAAAAAAGUCAGAGGGGAGAGAUGGGAGGGAGGGCAGAUGGGAUGAGUCCUCAGGUUUAGUCAGAGCUGAAGGGAAAAAAGAGAAGAGAAAGAGAUCUCAUUUGCAACGGCAGUUUAGAAACAAAAAACAAGCCUCUCUCCUCUUGAAGAUUAGACGUGGGGGGGAAGAGGGAGGGGGGGGUUACGAGCUCGUCACAACCCGAGGUAUGAAGAUACAGAUGCUGUCGUCUCUCAAAGUCCCCGUCAAAUGUUUCGCUUGCCCCUUCUGUCCCAAUGCCAAGUUUGCCCGCCAGGCAAGUCUGCUUGCCCACAGGGCGGCAAACCACCCACCAAGAGUGCUGGCACCCCAGGAGCGACUGAGGUGUCCUGUGUGUGGGAAGCAGUCCCGCAGGCCCCUGUCGGCCUUCAUCCAUCGGGCCUCCCAUCGAGCCGAGGGCUCCUUCUCUUGCCGUCGCUGCUCUGCUUGCUUCUGGAACGCCACACUCCUCCGCAGGCACAAGGUGUCCUGCCGCCGCAGGGCCAAGGGAUUGCCACGAGGGGGCGCUAUCAGUCUGAAGUUAUCCAAGAGAGCGUGGGAGAGGAAGAACAGCGAGGUUCAAGAGGAGGUGUCGUCCAUGCAGGGAGACUACAGAUACUAAGCCUUUUUUCUUUUCUUCUUUUGACAUCUUAUAUGGUGGCAUUUAAGAGGAAUAUUCCGUUAAUAAAUGGAGUGAAUGAUGGUCUUGGUUUAUUGGGGUUAAAGAGGGACUACAAAUGCCUUUAGUACACGCGAUCAUUUAGGUUUGGACCUCAUUUACUCAAAAUUGACUUUUAGAACUACUGUAGAUCAACCUUACCUGAAAUUCUUCCUAACUAUAUUGGAGGAUGUUGUGAAGACAUGACUGUUUCCAUAGGAUCAUUAACCCUUAAGUGCAUUGACACUACGCUUGGCUGACACUGUGCAGUUAUUAGACAAGUUUAGGUGAUUUGACCUGCUUAAGAAUCUCUUACCCUGCCCGUUCACUAGGACCCCUGCUACACCCUUCGCUGUAUGAUAUUUGUCUCUGCUGUAUACUCUGUCUUGUGUGUGUUCAUGUAGAGCCCUUUUGGGGAUUUUUUAAAUGUAAAAAAAAAAAAGUGCAUUUAUUAGGAGUAGGGAGAGGGGGGCGGGGACUUUGGUUGGUAGAGUCAGUUCGCUGCAUGUGUGUUCUCUGGUAAGUUUGUCUCCGAGAUUGUGAAUUCACUGCUAUGUGAUGGUUUAUUCAGUAUAUCCCAAAAGGUCAUGCUUUGAAUUUAAGUUAAAAGAUCGCUUAAAUUUCCCCUGUGAUUAAAUCACGUUAUGAAAUGUAAGCUUGAGAAGAACAUAAUUCAAAAGAUGUUACAAGGAGAUUUACUUCCUGCCAAAACAAAUUGACAAUGCCUUGCUUAUCAUGUCCAGUUAAUUUCCGUUUCAAAAACAUAGCUUUUUUAUACCAGGAGGUUGGAUUUGAAGACAGGUUGAAACAAGUGUACUGUAACAUAUUGUGUUUUCAUCACAGUUUAUUUCUUUCUCACAAAGUCCUAUAAGCUUUUAUUAUUAGUGCUUUAUACUGGGUUGAAGACUGGGAGGGUCAUUGUAGCAAAAGGUUAUGAUUAUAUAUCGAUUAAUGUGUGUGUGCGUGUGUGUGCGUAUAACCUAAUCGGUCAACCUGCCAAUCCCAUAUUUAGUCCUUCUAUGUUUUGGCUGAGUUGCAAUCAUGUUCAUACCCCUGUCAUGCCUUGUUUUGUUUUUUUCUUCUGAAGAAAAAAAGAAAAAUAAUAGUUCCAAGUACAUUUCUAUCACUUUAUUUACUUAUUAAAAGUAGUUGUUGAUUAUAUUUCAGCAUUGGAUAAACCUUAUGUGUUCUCCUUUUAGUUUUUUUCUCCAUUUAUCAUUUUGAUUAAUGUUAGUUUUUAGAGCAGGAUGUGUCUUUGUAACUUAAACGUAGAUAUUGAUGAGUAAAAUGUUACUGUUACCAAAGUCAGUAUCACAGUUUCACAGGCUUUUAACUGUAGCUUGUUUCACAGUUAUAGUUCGUAAGCGCUGUUGACCUAAUGGAUUUCCGGAUGUAAAGAAUAUACCAAUAAAAUUUCAUCUUAGUA